AGCGAGGUAAGACACAGUUGUGCCAGCCACACAUUUGGCGGUAAAAUUAUACGACUUGCCAACUUUUAGCGGUAAUGCCGAAGAGUGGCAUCUGUUCGUAGCCAACUUUAAUGAAACUACGCAGGCAUUUAGCUACAAUAAUCGACAAAAUUUAAUGCGUUUACAAAAGUGCUUGGUGGGGCCAGCAAAAGAAGCAGUGGUAUCAAUGUUAAUUUACCCUGACGACGUGCCAAAUGUGUUGAACGAGUUGGAGUUUAGGUUCGGUAGGCCCGACAUUUUAGUAAAAUGGCAGCUUAGUAAAUUACAACAACUCCCGACUAUAGCCGAGCACAAGCCUGAGCAGAUAGUGACAUUUUCUACCAAGGUGCGUAACGUGGUAGCGUUUUUGAAAUCUGCGAAGUGUGACCAGCACUUAUCGAAUAGGUACCCCACAAUAAAAGAUUUUUCUGCAUGGCUUAGUGACUUAGCCAGAGUUGUUUGUUUGAUGCCGGCUGCCAACACAAAUAUUUACAAGCAUAAUGUGUCGUCAGCUAAUCCCCGACGUUUGAUGCACAUACAAGAUGAAAGCCCAGCAGAGCCCAUGAAGUGUUUCCAUUGUGGCGGCAACCAUUCAAUCGCAAGGUGUGAAGUCUUUAAAACGGACAUAGUUCGUCGAAAUGCCUGUCUAAGAAGCCUUGUAAUAUAAAUGGCUGUG